AUGGCCAACAAGAAAGAGCCUCCUUUUUUCAAUGAAGAUAAUAUGGGACCGUUUCACUACAAGCUUCCUUUUUAUGAAACUAUGGAGCUCUUUAUUGAAACACUCACAGGAACAUGCUUUGAACUGCGAGUUUCUCCCUUUGAAACGGUUAUUUCUGUGAAAGCUAAAAUUCAAAGACUGGAAGGUAUUCCGGUCUCUCAGCAGCACUUAAUUUGGAAUAAUACGGAACUGAAGGAUGACUAUUGUUUGAAUGAUUAUAACAUUUCAGAAGGCAGCACUCUGAAGUUAGUUCUGGCUAUGCGAGGUGGACCUAUUAACACUAGAAGAGUUCCUGUGGAAGACCCUAUCAGGGAAAUGGCUGAAUACAUGGAUCCCACUAGAGAUGAGAUCUGGGAGAAAGGGCCAUCCAACAAACAAGUUACCUUCUUAGUAUAUAGAGAAGGAGAUCAGUUGAAUUUCUUCCGUGUGGUAGACAGGGGAGAUGGCACUUUAACGCCAUUAUCUGAAUCUUUGAGAAUCAAAGUACUGUUGUUAUCAGAAGAGCAAAUCAACUACGGAUAUGACUUUCUAGUUGUGAGACUAUUCUACAUUGAAAACAUAAUUAUAAUUACUUCAUUAGAAGGUGAACACAAACUUUCUUUUAUUUUCAGCAGUGGUUCAGUUUAUAAUUUAUAUGCUGAUGAUGAAGAUGAGACAGAGGCAUCACCUUCUGGCCAACAGAUUAUUGAGAAUUCAAUUACUAUGAAUAAAAUGAAACUGCUCAAGGCAAAGAUGGAGAACAUGAAUCUGAGUAAAAAGCCUAAGAAAACUGUCAAGGUGAAGCCUCGUCCUCCAAUGGCUCCUCGACCAUCUAGUGGCUCGGUGGCUGCUGCUCGUCACCGUUUUUUAAGAGUGCUCCCACAUAUUGGCCAGUCUUGCCUACCUCCUCCUGGGAAUUCAUAUCACUCAGAGUCUUCCCAAAAUGCACUUUCAGCGUUGGCUACUUUGGCCACUGCUGGUAGAACAAUGCCAUCCACAACUAAUGACUUUCUUAAGGAAGAUGACACUUGGCAGAGCAACUCUUGGUCUCAGCCAGUUAGUAGCAUCAGGUUACCACCAAAAAUAUCUCGUGUUGAACUAGAAAAUGCAAAACUACCUACAAAUAGUAUUCUGACUCCUGUUUCAUCUCUGCCUGAAAAUUCAGAAAAAGCACCUGAAAAUGUGACCUCAAGAAGUGAAGAGGAUGCUGUUUUGUUUCCGAAUCUAUCAAAUGUAGAGCUAUAUGGAACAGAAGAAAAACUUUUACCUGAAACAGAUGCUUUUGCUUUGUUAACAGAAGCAAGCACCACUGAACAGUGUAGUGAGAUACAAGACAUAGGAAAGGUGAACCCAGAACUUGAACUGUCUGAUGGAGAUGAAGAAUCUAAGGUUGUAGAGCAGCAUAGAAAACCUAUUAGCAAAGUGCUGAGCACUGCAGCAAUGGGGGCUGGUCUUCUCAGUACUCGUGAAUUAAGUCCUCAGAAAAAUCUGCUUUUGUCACCUCUUCGGUAUUCAGCGCAAGUGGCACGUCACAGUUCUCUUAAACCACAGGCACAACCCAAAUGUGUUGAGGCUGGUAACUUGAGAUCUACAGCCUCCCCAAAUGUGCUUCGAUCCUUGGAAGUCCGUAGUAUAGGAGAUUCCUCUUUUUCUAGGACUACUAGAUUUCGUAGUGUGAAAGUAGAGUCACUUGGCAAAAGACCUGAUGUAAUCUCUAAAGCAGAGGCUAGGGACAUCACAGAUGUGGCUAACAAGGCAUCCAAAGAACCUGUUAGUUCUGUAAAUAACUUCGGAUUUCUGGCUUCGCUGGCCCGAAGCACAAACAGGGAAGGUUUACAGAGUUCCUGUGGGACAGGCCAGUUUCGGACUUCUGGUAUUGCACUACCUACAAACCUGCGCCAUUUUCAGGAAGAAAGCUUUAGGGAAACUGCUCUUCCAAAUGAAGCUGCUGAAUAUAUUCUAUCUGCACAUGGGCUUGGAAUGAAUGGAAGUAUGGCAGCUGUAGGGNUGAAAGCAGGUGAAGCAACCCAUCUUCCACCUGUGAAUGGCUCAAUUCAAGCAAAAAAGAAAAUUACAAAGCAUUGCUUUCUUUGUGGCAAGAAAACGGGAUUGGCAACCAGCUAUGAGUGCAGAUGUGGAAACAACUUCUGUGCAACGCACCGCUAUGCAGAGACUCACACCUGCACCUACGACUAUAAGAGUGCAGGGCGAAGGUAUUUGCAGGAGACCAAUCCCGUCGUUAGUGCACCAAAGCUUCCCAAAAUCUAACAUGGUUGUGCUGCAUGUGGCUGUUCUGCCAUUUGAAGAAUUGUAUUACACUGAGAGAAGCACUUGCUUAAACUGCAUAGUUUUGCCAUGCUCCAUAUUUAAAGAUUUGCCAAGUAAUAAAAGCACAUGAGGAUGCAUCCUAUUGAAGAGUAAUGUGAACACUACUGCGGUUAAAACUUUUCUUCUUCAGUGAAUGAAAAGUUUAAGAUUAGUUUUUAAAAACUUACACUAUGAUUUAACUGUUACUGCACGUCUUGUGUUGUGUUUUAUAUUUGGAAAAGCUAUUUCACUAGACAAGUCUUUAAAAGAUGCACUUUACUAACUUUAUUUACUGUAUAACCAGACUUGAGGGGGUGUUGUAAUGGGAUGUCAUGUAAUGUCUUCUGUACUCUUGUGUUUUUUUGUCCAUUGCGUGAUAACUUCUAAGUUAUUUCACUGGAAAGACCCUCUUCCCUCCCCUUUCUUCAAACAGCCUAUUUUGAGAUUUUUUAAGGAGAUAGUGUGUUCUGCCCCUCUGUUCCAUUCAGGUUGGUAUUCAUACCCUGUGUAUCCAUUCUGAAAAUUAUGUAUCAUGUUAAUCACAUUUUCUUAAAAUAAUACUGUUUAUAUGGCAAGUUUCUUUUUAAACAGGAAAUUCCCCCUUUGUUGCCAUUAAAUAUAAGGAACAACUUAUUUUAAGUUUUUUUUGUAAUCCUAGAUUUUUUUAAGACUUCACAACUUGGUUUGUUAAGA